GGUGCCACCUGGAUGGCUGUCACUCCAGGCAAUUGCUGUCUGUGUGUCGUGUUAGUGUAGGGAUGGUCCAGGGGUUUCUUGCUGCACGCUGGGGGGUUUGCUGAUCACUGCUAUCUGGAACGUUCUCAGAUAACAUUUGGCCUCGUGCUGACAGAAUAUUAGUGAUUGGAAGCACCAGAGCAGGACACAAGAUGGCGAAUGAGGAUGAAGUGACACUGCUUUUUGAGCAGCACUCCAUCACACAAGUCCAGGAGCUCCUCAACAAGACUCGUGCCGACAUUGAGUGCAAGAAGGAAGAUCUGCGAGUCAUGGUUGGUGAAAGGUAUCGAGAUCUGAUAGAGGCAGCAGACACCAUAGCUGAGAUGCAGAACAGUGCCAAAGCAAUCUGCAACAACAUCAAAACCAUGGAGGGCCUGUGUGAGAGCCUGCAGCAGCGUGGCCUCAUUGGCUUCAAGACGCAGAGUACUCAUGCUAAUGGAGUAGAAAGAAAGAGUACGUCAGGAAGCCACUACUCCCUAGCAGUGCAGGUGAAGCUGCUGGUGGGAGUCCCUGAGGCACUGUGGGGCCUCACUGAACAUGGCCAAUACCUGCCAGCUAGCCAGCUGCUGCUACUGGCCCACCACACACACACUGCCUUGCAGCUGUCCCCCACUGCUGCCCAGGUGUACUCAUGGUUCCCAGUCAUUGAGCGCCAGUGGAUGAGCAUCACCCAGUUCCAGUCCACCAUCGUGAGGGGAUGUUCCUCUCUCAUCAGCUCAGAAGUUGAGGACACUCAGGCUGUGUUGGAUGCAGUGGUGUCGGUGAUGCUGGUGGAGCGGUGUGGGUGGGCAGAGGUGCUGUCCCGUGUGCUGCAGCUGCGGCAGGAAGCCCUUAUGGUGGCCAUCACCUCAACACCCUCAGCCACAGCAAAGACACAGAUUGCAAAUUUCACCAAGCUGUUCUUAGCAACUUUAAAUAUUGUCUAUGCAGUAUUUGUGGCAGAAGGAGGUGAAGGAAGCAGCCUGCUGGAGAGGCGGCUGCAGGAGGUGGUGCAAGGGGAGGGGGAGAGUGCAGCGCCUGUCUCCCUCCUACAGGAAUCUUCUUUGAAUUUGUCAUUCCUCCCACAAUCAAUUAGAAACUUCAGGCCAUCCAUCCAGGGAAGCACCAAGUCCCUGGGCAAUGAGUACAUCAAGAAGGUGGUCAGCAAGUGGCUGGACACUGUGCUGGGUGAAGCCUCCCACACCCUGGCUGACCUGCUCUCAUUCACCACCAGUGUGAAGGCGCUGGCAAUGAUCAGGUCUAGUGUGUGGGAGAUCUUCCAGGACAGUCUUGACAGUGGCAACUGGACAAAGGUGACACAAGUGUUGUAUGGGGGUCCUCUAGAUCCCUGGGAUUCAGUGGUCCGCAGCCAGGUGACUGAGAGGGCACGCCAGGUGGUAUCCUCCCAGCUGGCAGCAGCCAAGGAGGCUACCCUGCAGAUGGUGGCCAAGCUGGCAGCAGACAUCAGUGCUGACCCAAAAAUAUGUUCAGAGGAAGGAGACAUCAGCAGCUAUGUUUGGAGUGAGAGCAGCGGUGACUUGCCAGAGCAAGUGGGCUGGACUUCUGCUGCUGCUCGCUCAGUGACACAGGCAGGGGGCCUGUACCACAAGACUCGAGGCUUCACUGCACGGAUACAGAACAUCUGCCGGACACUCAAUGCACAGCUGACCAAUCUCCUUCAGGAUGUUGGCCACUUCAGUUAUGACCCCAUCAAAGUAGACUUCACCACCACCCUGGGGAACAACUCUCUGGAUAAUGAAAAACGCACCAUGGAGGAUUACACUUCACUGCUUAAUUACCUUCAGGAUGCAAGCUGCUCUUCUUUCAUGCAGCUGGUGAGUGAGCUGCAGGAGCUGGCCCAGAAGCACCUCACCAGUGGGUCUGCCUUUGCUGCUUGUGAGGGGUGGGAGGAGGAGGCCCCAAGUGCAGCUCCCACCUCAGCCUGCACAGUGGUGGUGGUGGUGGGCCGCACUUGCCAGGCUCUCCCAAGUAUGUGCUCACAUCUACAGAUCUGUGCCUCCGCCUCUAACAUGUCAGCCGGCAUGGUGAAACAGCGCAUCUCUAUGGGGUCAAAACAAGAAACUGAAUCCUGGACAAAGGUUCGGAUAGCGUUGCAGGAAGCGGGCAACCGCCUAUUUGGACUGUUCCUGAAGUCCCUGACAUCAGCCCUGCACACUGAGUUGAAGGUGUCUCUCUCAUCGCAGAUCUCUGCGGAUGUUGCUGCCUCCAUCUCGGCUUUCUCGACGUGGGAGGUUGUAGAUAUUGAGGAGGAAGGCGAAGGUGGCAAAGUGGUCAGGUCAUCCAUCCAUGUGCCAGCACACCCCACGCCAGCCCUAAGCCAAGCCUUGGCUCACAUCUGUUCUUCUGCCAAUUGUGUCGCUGUGCACACCGUGUCCAGAAAUGCACAGAGUGAGUUGGUGGCAGGGACAUGUGAAGCAGUGAUUGCUGUGUAUGAAGGUUUUCUCAAAGAGUCCGAGAUGAUUAACCAGACUUCCGCUCUUCAGCUCAUAUUUGACCUUCGCUUUGUGCAAACAUUGUUGUUACCACGUGAUAGCAAGAACCUGGGGAUUCGGCUGACAUCCAUGAUUCAAGAGCUGCAGCAGAAGGUGGAUCCCUUCGACUUGGAUGUGUUCUCUCCUCACUUGUCUGCCAGAGUCAAGUUGGCUGCUCAGAGAUCACAGGUGUUCCUAGGAGCUGUGGUGCCGCGGGAUCGCCAGGUCAUAGCAAGUCGCUCAUCAGCCUCUGCCACAUCAUCAGUAUCACACAACAAUGCACUCCCUGUUGUAGUGGCAGUGGAGAUUCCUCGGUUCUCUAAUGUUCCCCUGCCAGUGUCAGCUUCCAGGCCGUCCAUCCCAUCCUCUGCCUCAGCACCUUCCCUCAUGCUGCCCCCUACUACAGCAGACCAACCAGCAGUCAAACAAGGACCCUCCAAGCAUCCAGUCACUCUUGAAGCACCAAAGUGAAGGAAGUGCCUUGGGUGGCCUCAGAGUCCAACAGAGCAGCCCCUCCAUGGCACGGCGAGAAAUGUCCUCAGCGGCACUGUCUGCAUCCCGGAGUGCUGCAUCCCUAUUCUCGGCAAUGAGCUCCUCCUGGUUUGGUUCAUCAACAUCCUGAGUUGUUCUUACUAUUGUAAAUAUUCACUGGUACAAGUGACUGAUAUAUUUUUUUCUUACAUUUGAGUCUUGCCAAAGAGUUUAUCUUGGAGAGAUGGUGAGGACUGACAAUAAUGCAGAACACACAUUAGAUCAGUUCACAGGAGUAGUUACAUCAGCACAUGAAGUGUUGGUGUUUAAGGUGUGCAAGUAAUCACCAGAUACAAAACUGCUGUCAGUUUAGUAUGUGAAGAGCACACUAAAUUGUGUGCUCUGCUUUCCUGAACAUGUUCUCACAUUACUUAUGAUUGACAAAGGAUUAUCUUUUGGGUUCUGUUGUAAAUUUAUUUUACAAAUUUUUAUCAGUUUGAAAAACUAUCUUACAUUCAUGAUAAGUUGUAUGUUUGCACAAUAUUUAAUACUUUUAUACAUUCUAAUGGUAUAUGAAGAUACAUCUUUAUAACCAAGAAAAGGAAGGUUUCCAGAGGGAGAAAAUCCUUAAGAGGUGAAGGCAGUGAUGACACUAACAUGUAAGACUUAAGAAAAAGUUUAAGACCACUUCGAUUCAGGUUUUCAAUGCUAUACACCACAGGAAAGUUUGCCUUUGUUUGAAUACAUAAUUUUAUAUUAUAAAUUUACACAUAGUUGCUCAGAUUUAUAUAAAUAUUUUAAAAAAUGCCAUAGGCUGUAUAAUUUAGUUUUUUUUAUUGUUACAGGUGGAGAGAGGAGAGUUACUGGUGAGGGGCAAGGAUGAGUGGCUGGUUUGUAAAACAUUGUGGGUCUGUGGAGAGAGAGAGAGAGAGAUGGGAAUGUCCCACACACAGUAUAUUUACAAACCAGUCACUCGCACAUCUCACCAGUAACACUCUCCCUCUCUGCAGUGAUGCAGGAUAGCAAAAACUGUUACAGUAUGGGAAAAGGCAUGAAGGUGCCAACUUGUAUCACCCUAUAAAUAAAAUGUAAAAAUAAAUUAAA